UAAAACAAAACAUUCAUCAGAAUGUGAAAAAUGCUGAGCACUCCAUCCUGCUUGCAACUGAUUUAGAAAGACCGUGUUGCACGCGUGUAAUGUCAUCCCGUCUAUUACACUACUCAAAUCGAUCAAAGAUGAAAUGAGAAAUCGUGAUAAAGGAUCUGUAUGCAGCCUGCUGAAAAGUAAAGAAAUGACAGAAAAGAAAAAGAAGUUGGGUAAUGGGUUGAUGCUCUUCCUGGAAGCCUAGGAAAAUCGCGGUCCCCAGGUCCCCUGCCCUUAUACAUUUAUCAUGAAGGCUCAUGCUGAAAGAAGUAAAGAAUGUAGAGAAAGGAAAAGAAGAAGCUGCCUACACGCAUGCCUUGGUGGCGUGGGUUCCAGGUAGAAUAGAAGAACAAAUCCUUUUGGUAGCGGCUCACGGCUGGGCACACACACAGAUAGACGUGUGCAUCGCAUUGCAUGCAAGGCGACACACCACACAGACGCAUGAACGCGUGCUAGGUGCUAGCCUGGCCUGCUUCUGCUAAACCAAACAAACUCUUGAAACACCAUCACACAGACCAGGCCGGCGGCGGCGUCGGCGGCGGCGGCGAGGGAUUUAUCCAUGGCGGAGCUGGCGUCGGGCGCCGUGGGGACGCUGCUGGGCGUGAUCGGCCAAGAGGCGCUGAGGCUCGGCCGCGUCCGGCAUGACGUGCAGUUCAUCCAGGAGGAGAUGGAGAGCAUGGGCAGCUUCCUCGCGAACCUCUCCGGGAACAGCCGCGAGCACGACGAACAGGUCCGCACCUGGAUGAACCAGGUCCGGAUUCUCGCCAACGACUGCAACAACUGCAUCGACCUAUACCUCUACCGUGGGGACCCCGCUCUCCACUUGCCCAAGGAAGGCCCCGGCCGCUACCUCCGGUGGGCUCCCUGGCUGCUGCGCAAGCUGCUCGCACAACAUCGCGCAGCCGGCCAGCUGAGGGAGCUCAAGGACCGGGCACAGGACAUCGGCAACCGCCGAAUGAGAUAUGGCGUCGAGGUCAAAACAGAGUCAUCGUCUUCCGGAGCUGGGCUUACGGAGUCAUUAUUGCUGUCAGCCACACAAGACCAUGAAGAAGAAGAAGAAGACGAUGACGACCAACAUGGUGAUGAUCCACUGAAGGUGGCCUUGUCCAUGACUACUAUGUGGAUGGACAAGGAAGACUACUUUAGGAGGAGGCUAGAUGACUGGAUUGGAUCGGUGGUGCAGGCGGCGGCGGAGGCGGAGGCAGCGAAGAAAGGCAUAAAGUUAAAUGCGGAGGCGGCGACCGGAUCAAAACCAUUACUACCAUCCAUCGCCUUUGUAGCGAAGAACGAGUACGCCGACCAUCUUCGGUGUAAAGUCUUGGAAGUGGCAGACGGCCAUUUCAAGAGGGCGAAGGGCGUCCAAGAUAAGGUUGUCCCACCGACGACCAAGGACGCCGGGAAUAUCAUAGUCUUCGUCGACAUCCGCGCGGUGCACUACCAUAAUGUACCGCUACGACCCCACAAGAUUCUCUGCUACAUCCUGGCUGAGCUCGAGCCGCAGCAAGGCAAAGCUUCUACUUACAGAAAAAGAUGGGGUACUUACAAAUACGCAAGGAAGACGAUUCAUGAAAUCAAGGUCAAGAUAAAUAAAGUGAAUGUCGACGGGAAGAUCAAUGACAUCGUAGUAUCCAAUCUUGGUGAUAGUAAAGAUCAGCUGUGGGACCUGCAAAUUUUGGACAAUCUACAGGAGAAGCAAGAAAUUGGCGGUGAAGAAUUGGGCCGACUCCUGCGGCUGCUUAUCUACCACUCAACUAGUACUGCUGCUGCAACUGAAAAGGACAAAAAGAUUAAAUCUGGAGUAUCAGAGUUGUACGAUGACAUCAUCAAGCAAACAGCCAGGAACCUUAAAUUGAAAAUAGAAGAAGGAUGCUCAAGCUCAGAGCUGCAGGAGCCCAAAUCAGGCGGCUCAAGCCCAGAGCUGCAGGAGCUCGAAUAUGAAGACAUCUUGAAGACGGUGUUCCCAGAAACGAACGCCAGCAGCAUUACCACCACCACUGCUGCCAAUAGUCCUCAUAGCACAUUGGUCGACGAUCAAAUCCAAGAAAUGGUCAGAAGGGUUACAGAAAUGAUGCAUGAUCUCAGGGAAUUAGAAAAAUCUGACAAGACAACCCCGGAAGCUGAUUUUCACGAAAGCAUAGUGAAGAAGAAGGCAGAGAUCAUAAAGAAGAUUAGGAAGCAGCUCAAGGUUAAAAUGAUGAUGCAAAAGAUUAAAAAACGCUUGGAAGGUGAUCAAAGGAUCCUGGUCAUACUGGAAGUUUAUGACAAGCAUGUGCCUGUAUGGCAAGAGACCAGAAACAGUUUGAUCUCGUUGGAAUUGGAGUGCCCCAUCGCAGGUGCUGUGUUCGUGGUCACAAAGACCACUCAACAGGAUUUUUCCUGUCCAGACCUGAUGGACCGUAUAGAAUAUUCUCUUGUUGGCCUCUACCUUGAUACUGUGGUCCAUCAUACAGGCCAGCAUAUGAAUGAUCCACAAACCCGCCUGAUUCUUCGCAACAUCUUGCGUGAGUGCGAGCCACAUGAAUUCUGCAUGAAGAUCUUUGCUCAAGCAUUGUACACCAAACCCAAGAGGAGCAGAGAAGAGUUGAGCAAGCUGCACAGCUCCUUGUGUGCACGUGACACACCAGAAUCAUUGCCCAGUAUGAUGCUCAAAUUCUCCUACAGGGAGCUACCUAAAGACUACAGGUCCUGUUUGUUGUACCUCGCUAUCUUCCCUCAAGGAGAACCCAUCAGGCGGUCAACCUUGAUAGAACGAUGGGUUGCAGAAGGGCUGAUAACCACCAAAGACUGGAGCUGGUCCUCUUCAGUGGUUGAAGCCGAGAAAUGUUUUGAUACGCUCGUCGCCCGGUGCCUUGUUUGUCCUUCUGACAUUGGUGCUACUGGAAAGGUCAAGAGCUGCACAGUCCAUAAGCUAGUUUAUGGAUUCAUUACCAAGAUCGCCAAGAAGCAGCGCAUUCUGCAGACACGGCUGUCACGUCACUUGGCUCAUCACUUCUCCAUAUUCAGCGAUGUCCGCCUUCGCAGCUCUGAAACAAUUGAAGAUUUUUUGAAAAAGUCAUCCCAGUUCUCCAAGCUUAAGGUACUAGAUCUAGAAGGCUGUCGUUGCUUCCAACAGAAGAACCAGUGCUACCUGAGGGACAUAUGCAGGAAGAUACUGAUGCUCAAGUAUCUCAGCUUGAGGAGAACGGAUGUUACCAGUCUGCCGAGUGAAAUCAACAACCUUCAUGAGCUGGAGGUAUUGGAUAUCCGGGACACCAACAUUCCUGCAUAUGAAACAAGAACUGUCCUGCUCCGAAAGCUGAAGCGUCUGUUGGCUGGUCAAAAGCUGAAGCUUGUGUUGGCUGGUGAAGUUGAUCCAAGUCCAAGCAGCCCUACUGACUUCCCCAGUGUCCAGAUGCCUGAGAAGAUUGAAAAAAAGGAGAGUCUGGAGGUACCGUGCAAUGUCAAGCUGAAGAAUCGUCUGAAGCGUCUAUUGCCUGGUCAUGUUGAUUCAAGUCCUGCUGACUUCUCCAGUGUGCAGAUCCCUGAGAAGGUCGAAAAAAUGGAGGGUGUGGAGGUAUUGUCCAAUGUCAAGCCCAAGAGUCAUCAAGACUUGAAAGAUAUUGGAGGUCUAAAUGAGCUGAAGAAGCUCGGCGUGGUUAUCAACAAGGAGAGUGACCUACAGCGAUUGCUUAAAUCAAUCAAUGAUCUCCUAAAACAGUCCCUCCGUUUUCUGUCAAUUACUCUUGACAUAAGCAUAUACAAGGGCUCUUCAUCAGAGCUGAGUCUGGUAAACAGCCCCAAGUAUCUCGAGAGCCUAACUAUAAAUGGAAGCAAAAAGUGCCCCAAGGAUCUUCAGAGCCCAAGUAUCAACAAAAGCACUAGCACACAUAUGGGGAAGAUUCUUGAAUUAUUGACCAAUAAUGGCAAUAAACUUGCCAAGGUAACUCUAAGUUGCACUUUUCUGAGCCAGGAACACCUGAAUGUACUUGCCAAGCUUGAGAACUUACGGUGUGUCAAGCUUCGACACAAUGCGUACACUAAGAGCAAUCUCAUCUUCAAAGAGGGUGAAUUCAAGAAUCUCAACAGAUUUCUUGUUGAGGGAACCAACAUGACUGAAAUCAUAUUUGAUAAUGGAGCUGCUACUCAGCUCGAGAAAAUCGUUUUGUCCUCCACCAACAUAGUCCCUAUCAGUGGAGUUAAUUACCUCCAAAAUUUGGAGGAGCUCGAGCUGAACCACAUCAAGAACAAGGGCAAGUUGCAUUCAUUACUUCACAAUGCCGAUCACAUAACCAAGGUGACCCUUCGUGAUACAUUGCUGGAGCAAAGUGAUCUGGAAAUCCUGGCCCAGAAACCAAAUAUGCGCUGCAUAGUGCUCUUGGACAAGACUGGUAGUCAGCUUAUCUUGAACAAAGAUGAAUUCCAAAACGUCAACCUUCCUAUUGUCGACAAACUUCCUACAUCAAAAGAGCUAAACGGUGGCAUUGUCCCUGAUAAGGUGAAAGAAGACAUCAAAACACCAGAAGGUAGAAGCCUUGACUGCGAACAGAGAAAGCCAGAAAAUCAAGACCAAGCGAAAGGAAACACAAGAGAACCGGAUGGUGCUGCAAGAUGCCCAUCCUUGUGGAAGGCGAAGGGUUGGUGUGGGAGGUAUUGAAGGCCUUCCUGUUACUUCUUCCGUUCAUCAUCACUUCCUGCCAUGGUAUGUGUUUGUGUGUGCUCGUGUGGUUUGCCGUUGUGUGUUUCUGUCUACUGAGUGUGCAUUUGUGUUCUGCCUGUGCGGAUUGAUUUGAGUGGUGUGGUUGUGGCUGUAUCCAGUUACUUGUUCUGCCUGUGUGCCUUGUUAUUGUGGUUGAGCAUAAUGGUUGUGUGUAUGCUCAUAGGUAUGGAUUUGUGUGGCUUUCCUCUGGACAAUAUGGUUCCAUGUAAUAAGUGCAAUGCUUGUACGCACAUUUGACUUGCUAUUAAUAUAUACUGUUGUGUGCUAUAUCAUGUGCUUUGGCUGGGUUCUCCAAUGAUGAACUGGUGUAGGUCAUAACGUAAUAAUGCAGCUACCAGCCGUAAUAUCAAAAGCAGUUAAUUAUAGCCUUUGAAGCAGAGUUUGUUUUAAUGCAGAUCAGAGGUUUCUCAGAUAUUUGUCCAUCUUCACCGUAGCUAGUGCGGUACUGAAACCGUCCAUGGUUUUAUGUAAGUCAUCACUGAUCUAGUGAAAAACAGCUAGGUCGGUAAAGUCGUUUGCCAAAUAAACAGAAGUUUCAUAGACUAAGUUUCACUAGAGUCCUCUUGACAGAAUUCAGUAAGAGGCUCACACAUGACCAGACACCUAUCUUUAGAGCCUGUUCGGAAAUGGUCCAGCUCCUCUGAAUUCUCAACUCCCACUCCUCCAUCCAAGAUGCUGCUCCUUGUAAAAAGCAGCGCUGAAAAAAACUGUUCGGCAAGCAGCUUCGCUCCUGAUUCACGAGGAGAGGCAGAACCGUAUAGGCGAGCGAGUCGGGCGCGGCCGCUCGAACCGUUUUCCACUUGGCGGUGGCAAUCCUUUCGUAAAUCUUACCAACUCUCCGAUUUUAAAUAUCUGAGACCCUGAAAACUGUAGCUCCGUGGAAUUGCAUUGUAGCCUGCUCCACUCCAGAGUUUCAACUCCGCAGAGUUCGGGCGUUCGGCACGGCUCCACCAACUCCAGGAGGGGAGUUGAGGAGUGGAGAGAAUCCGAACACGCCCUUAGUGCGCAAAAAUUCCCUAAAGCUGUUCAUAGAGAUUUCACUUGCUGCAGCAGUAUCCACACAUUCAGAAUUUAUAUUUGAACCAAGGCUAGUAUGCUCCCCGUACCUGAGUUAGAUCUUGUGAGAGGGCUCUACUCCCCUUCAGUUCCUCUAAUCUCAGAAAUAGCCAAGUUAUCACAGCUAGCUUAAUAAGUGCCAUCAGAUAUCAUUUUUCAGAGAACUGAUGGAACUCCAUUGUCACUGGAAAUUUUGCUGUUGAAUCUCUUCUCGAGGAACAAGACCACAUUUACUUUGCAAAACUGAGAACACCACCGAGUGAAGAACCGUGAGUCACUUGUACCCUGUAAUCUUCCCCUAUCAGGACCAUGCGACAGCAACAGCUUCCUCGUCAGGUAGAUCAAAAGCAGAGUAUAAGAAGCAAGGAAGUUCUGUAUCCUGCUUUUAUUGCUCCUGCUUCCUCUGCGCUGGCAUUAUUUUUUCUCCUUCGAUCUUUCAUUCCAGUACUUAGAUGAGCUUUGAGAGCUGCAACUAAUAUAUUCCAGUAUUCCACCUUGGCGCAACCACGCUGCUGUUGGUCAAGACUGCCAUCAGCCAUGGCACUGUCUUGCACCUGCUGAUCUUCACUAGGAAGUAGAAACACACUGAAUGCUAGAUGAUUCCAGAACAUGAUUCAGGCCUGAUUGCAGCACCUUCUUCCUAUCGUGGUGUUCAUUUUUCCUGUGGUUUAUAUAUGAACCACGGCUUCUGCAACAGGCAUUUGAUCAAACACCUGACCUGGUGCGCAUGUCUCCUCGGCCUACACCUGACAGAACUGUGAGCAUCGCCAUGGACCCAUGCCUCCAUCUACAAUGUGUCGACAUAGUACUGUAUAAGUUAUCCUGGCCAAAUGGAGGGCAGACCCAGGCACCGGCAAUGUGUCGAACACCUGGUGAGCGUGACCAGAUACAGCUAGAGGCAGAGGAAUCCGUCCUCGCGUUCUUCAGCCGAACAGUUCUUAGCUUCGUCAGCGCACGAUUGACUCUCUUCUUAUCGGUUUUCAUUCAUGGUGAAUGAAAACUGGGGGCGCGCCCCUGCAUCUGCAUUCGAAAUUGAAAAAUGCGCUCGA